GGAGCACGCAGGAGCAGGAGACCGCGGGUCGUUUCAACCAGCUUUGACAUGUCUGAAGCAAACAACCAGCUGCCCACAGACCCCAUCUCUGCAGUUGGAGUAAUCACUUCACUCAGCAAGGCCCCCGAUGGCUAUUAUGUUGUUGCACAAACAACAGAUGGCUCUGACGCCGACCUGUGGAAGGACGGCUUAUUCAAAUCCAAGGUCACUCGCUACCUCUGUUUCAGCAGAGAAACUGGGCCUGACGUUGUUGCGGACAUGAAGCUGAUUGACAUUAAGGACACAUUGCCAGAGGGCUUCACACCUGUGGAAGAAACAUUGGACACAAGGGAAACUGCCAUGAGGAAGAGGAGGCUUUGCGUGAAAAUCAGCCCUCGUGCGGCUGCCUUGACGGCUGUGUAUGACAUCCAGGUUGUUUCAAAGUCCAAGUACCAUCUUGUUAACUACACCUGUAUGGGUGAGAUGAACAGUAUGGGGAUAUGGUACAGAAUGGGAGAGGUUUCACAGUGUCAGUCGUCCCAGGAAACAUCUGGUACCGCUAACGGUGACGCUCCACCCAGCACAGCAAGGUUGAGGACCAUGAGCAGGCCAGACUAUGAGCACCAGAGCAGUGGGAACUACACCAUGACAGCUCUGGAUGACGUGCCCUUUGUGAUCUCUGAGAAGUUUCAUAAACACCCCAAAGAGAUGCAGCAAGUCAAUUUAAUGGGCAUUACGAUCAAAUCCCUGGCAGAGAUCGAGGAGGAAUUUCACUACAACUUCAGCACAGAGCGAAGCAUUGCAGUGUAACCUUCCACCCAGCAUUCACGCCCUGGCAGACAGAGCGACGAGGACUGAACCAAUACUGAUGGACCAAAGUGAUUGUACAAAAUAAUGUAGUAAUGAAAUAAGGAAAAAGCUGGAAUACACUGCAACUGUAUAUGGUGUAAUUUAAGACCAAAAAAAAGAAUUUUUAUCUUGAUGGAUUUUUAUUUAAAUGACUCAAUAUUUUAAAUAUUUCUUGAUAAUGUGUGUGAACAUUAAAUUUUUAGUAGAUUUUCAACUUAUUUAUCUUAAAAGUGACCUUUUCUUAAUGUGUUUUGUUUUAUCUUACCCAGAUAGUCUCAGAGUAAGAGUUUUGCCCAGAAUAAACUGAGCUAAUUAAUAUCCCCACACAGAUUAAUUCGUGAAAGUCUGUUAGCUGUGACUCACAUUGUGCUCAUCAGACUAACAGGGCCGUGCUGACAGUGAGCAGCAGUCAGGGAGGACAUGAAGGGGGAAAAAGGGAAGCAGCCUCAUCACACGCAAA